AUGGCGUGUGUACCUAUUGUCAGCAGGCGUAGCAGAUAUCACUUCGAAGUUCUAGUUUGCCUACACAGACUUACGUCCGUUCCCUAUGUAAAUGCAGUCAUCUUUGCCAAAAUUCGGCUAUUAAAUACAAGGCACUCGCGCCAGUUUUCUUCCAGGUAUAAUUUUUUGAAACUUACUUUUGACAGAGUUGAAGCGAAAGAUCAUAUAGUUUUGUGGAAUAGCGAACAUCGUUUUUUCUGCAAGUUUCGACUAGAUAAUGAAACAAGCGUUCUUGAACCGAAUGACCUUAAGAUUUCUAUCAGAAUGGAAACUGAGGGCGGAAAGUCAUUUCACAAGGUCGGCUUUGUCCGCGUCAACCUGGCCUGCUUCGCAGCUGCCGGUGAUUCACCUCGGCGACGACGCUACAUUCUCGAAGGAUAUGAUGAAAAGCGAAAAAGGCAGGACAAUUCACUUCUACUUGUCUCUUUUCUCGUUAAGCAGACUUUUGGCGACACCUGUUUCCGAGUGUGA